AUGGCAGACUCCUUUGCAUCAAACGCCUUCACCGCACUUUCAGAUCUGCAUCCAAACAUGGCCAACACGAAAAUAAUCGGUAUAGUUAUUGGGAAAACAGAUGUCAAAGGCUUUCCAGACAGAAAAAACAUCGGCUCAGAAAGGUUCACGUUCAGCUUCACCAUCCGAGACUCGCCUGCCCAUUUCAUGAACGUGACGUCGUGGGGCAGCGAAGCCUACGUGAGGCCCCUGUCUGACAGCUUCAGGGUUGGCGAGUGUGUGACAAUUGAAAACCCCCUGAUCCAACGAAAGGAGCUAGAAAGGGAAGAGAGAUUCAGCCCGGCCACUCCGAGCGACUAUAAACUGUUGCUCAGUGAGAAUCACUCUCAGAUAAAAGUCUGUCCCAGUCGUGAAGUGGACUCCAGGCUGCUGUCUUUGAUACACUUACCUGUCAAAGAGUCUCGCGAUUACUACUCACUGGGUGACAUUGUCGCCAACGGGCACAGCCUGCACGGGAGAGUCCUCAACGUGCUGGCAGCUGUGAGGGCGGUCGGGGAACCCAAGUACUUCACAACCUCAGACCGAAGGAAAGGCCAGCGGUGUGAAGUGAUGCUCUACGACGAGACGGAGUCGUCCUUCACGAUGAUGUGUUGGGACAGUGAAUCCAUCCUGCGUGCCCAGCGUUGGAAACCCCGACAAACAGUGAUAUUCGCCGCAGACGCAAGGAUAAAUUUCGACAAAUUUCGGAACCGCAUGACAGCGACUGUAAUCUCAAAAACCAUUAUUACAACUGACCCAGAUAUACCGGAAGCUAACAUCCUCUUGAAUUUUAUAAGAGAAAAUAGAGAAAUGAACCCUCUGGAUGAUGAAAUGGACAGUGCUCUGAAAGAAUCUGUAAAUUUGACCACGAUAGAGGAUGUCUACACAAUCGAGCAGCUAAAGGCGAGAGUCCUGAGGGACGGGGGGAAGGCCCCCCCUUUCUACGGAGUUCUUUAUGCUCACAUCUCCACACUGAACAUCGACGAUGAGGUCACUAGAGUCGUUCGGAAUAGGUGUCCAGGCUGUGGGGGCCUCGUCCAGGAAGCAGUCGGCACCUGCACAGCUUGCAGCAAAGACUCUCGGGAGCUCGGGCCGCUCUUCCUGAGCUUCGACAUGCUGGUGGCUCUUACGGACCACACGGGCACGCUCCCCGCCUGCAGCCUCGUGGGAAGUGUGGCUGAGGAGACGCUGGGCUGCACGGUAAACGAGUUUCUUGCAAUGACGGACGGACAGAAAACAGCACUCAAGUGGCAACUUCUUUUGGAAAGAAGCAAAGUUCAUUUAAAAUUUAUCCCGUCGCACAGGGCUCGGGGCGGGCUGAGAGCCAGCGUGCUCUCCUGUCGGCGCGCAGACCCCGUGGAGGCCAGCAGGAGCCUGUCUGGGCGGGGAGCGUCGGACCGGUUGCCUCAGACUCCUGAGAAGAGCAGGCGCUUGAACUCCUGACGCGACACGUGGAUAAAGUGUGUACUGUUCACACGCGGCCAAGAUGUUUCUGUAAAUCGUGUCCUCCUGGAGUGGCUGGGGUUAGCCUCUCCCCCAAACCCCCAAAUCUCGCCAGCCUGGCCCCCAGCUGGGAGGGUGCACCAAGGAAUAAACACAGAGGCCCGCCCGUCCUCACGCCUGGUUCCUUUCCUUGGGCCCUUGCUGCUGUUCCCGGCCACAUGGCCACCUGCAGGGCCGCUGGCCGCUCCCCGGGAGCUGCGGGCCGGGCUCGCCGGCUGCUCCCACCUGCCUCCUGGGAGGACGCGGGGCUUGUGGCGGCCUGCCCACUCGGCAGUGCCGCUGGGCGUGACUCACCUGGGAGGGGACCGGCUUCAGAAGCUCCGGGCCUCAGCACUUGAAAGGGA